AAAUUUUUUAAAAAAAACAUAAUGAAAAAGAAAAAAUACAAUAAUUCCUCACAUUUUAAAAUAGGACUUCCUCAAGUCCCUCUUCUAGCGGCUCACUGCAGAUCAUUUUUGGCAAAUUCUAAAUCUUAAUUUCCUUAAUCUAAUUACACCUUCUAUUUCUUAAUUAUAUCUCAUUAUACCAUUCCAUACCUAAUUCAAAAUAAAUUUCGCUUAUUUUUCAAACCUGCAACUUCACAAUUACUUAUAAUUCUCUUCCUACUUCGAUUCUACAAUACUUUUUAAAAUAAAUUCUAAACUUCUUCCAUUCCUCUUCCACCAUCUCUUCUCCCUGGUCACGUAAUCUCCCGGUCAGCUCAGCAAGCUCCAUAUAGCCCAACAUCUUCAUUUGCCAUUCCUCCACCGUUGGUAUCUUCUGUGUUUUCCAGUUAUUUGCUAUCAAUAUUCUAGCUGCAGUUGUGGCAUACAGAAAUAAAUUGACAUCUUUCUUAGGUAUUUCUUUUCCUAUUAUGCCCAAUAGAAAGGAUUCUGGUUUCUUAAUAAAGGUGUUCUUCAACACUUUUUUCAACUCAUUAUAAAUCUUUUCCCAGAAUUCCUUAACUAAUGGGCAGGUCCACCACAUAUGAUAAAAUGUUCCUUCUACCUUCUUACACUUCCAACAUUUGUUAUCUUGGCUAUGGUAAAUCUUAGCCAACUUUACUGGUGUCAAAUACCAUCUGUACAUCAUUUUCAUAAUAUUUUCUCUUAAAAUAGUACACACAGUAAAUUUCACAUUCUUUUUCCAUAACCUUUCCCAGUCCUCCAUAAUAUUGUGUCCCACAUCUUUUGCCCAAUCUAUCAUAACUUUCUUUGUUUGUUCAUCUUUCGUAUGCCACGCUAACAACAAAUUAUACAUCCUGGAAAGAUUUUUUGUCUUUGGUUCUAAUAAUUCUGUCUCCAACUUGGAUUUUUCUGAUGCGAAACCAUUUUUCUUAUCAAUCUUAAACAACUCAUUUAUCUGAUAGUAUUGGAGCCAGUCAUCCAGAUUCCUUUUUAACUGUUCAUAUGUUUUUAACUUAAACUGGCCUCCUUCUUCUAUCAAAAUAUCUCUAUAUUUUGGCCAUCUGGUUUCCAUAUUUAACUUUUUUUGAGCCUUGGCCUCUAGAGGUGAAAUCCAUUUAGGUGUUUUCCUUUCUAAUAAAUCUUUAUAUCUAUUCCACACAUUAAACAAUGACUUUCUAAUUAUAUGAUUUUUAAACCCUUUAUGACCUUUGACCUUGUCAUACCAUAAAUAAGCAUGCCAUCCAAAUACAUUAUCAUACCUCCCAGAUCCAACACGUCUGUAUUUUCUAAUAAAAACCACUCCUUCAACCAGCAAAAGGUAGCUGCUUCAUAAUAAAUUCUCAAAUCUGGUAGGGAGAAACCCCCUCUAUCUUUACUAUCUGUUAAAAGCUUAUAUUUAAUUCUGGGUUUCCCCCCCUGCCAUAUAAAUUCCGAUAAUACCUUUUGCCAUUCCUUAAAACACUCCAUUUUAUCAAUAAUUGGCAAUGUUUGGAACAAAAAUAACAUUUUUGGCAAUAUAUUCAUCUUUACUACAGAAAUAUGACCUGACAAGGACAAUUUUAAAUCUGACCAUCUAUCUAAAUCUCGCUUAAUCUCAUUCCAAACCUUUACAUAAUUAUCUUUAUACAGAUUCAAAUUUUUCGAUGACAAAUUCACACCCUGGUAUUUCACCUUUUUCACAAAAGACAAACCAGUAGCCUCUUUUAAAUCAUUUCUUUCCUCUGGUGUUAAAUUUUUAUCUAACACUUUGGUUUUACCCUUGUUCAACUUAAAACCUGCGACACUUCCGUAUUCUUGAAUCAAAUUCAGUGCUUUAAUUGCACUGAUUUCUGGUUCUUGUAAAGUCAAAACCAAAUCAUCCGCAAAAGCUUUUAAUUUAAAUUGCUUUUUAGGGGUGUGUGUUAUUUCUCAUUGUGUUCGAUUCUCAACUCUUUAGAAUUUACUGUAUUAGCCAAAAGGCACCCCUCUAAAAUUGAUGAAAUUUCCACAGCACCAAAGUUUUUGUGGUUCGGUCUCUGAGUUAUUGUUCCUACAAGUUGGGGCACUUUUCCUGUACAGAGAUUUAUCAUUGUUUUGACAAUCUUGUUUUAUAUGUAAUUACACUGCACAUUUGCAAUCAAUAGGAUUUUUUUCCUUUCAAAAAUUGGGACCCUUGUCAGGCUGUGGCUUUCUGAAAUACGGGACAUUGGUUGUGAAAUGUGGUCUUUUUAAAAGAAGGCGAACGUAGCAAUCCAAUUUGAAAAUAAUCUUGAGAAUAACCAGCCAUUCAAAGCACGUUUACAGCAAAAUGGAUAAAAUGAAUCAUUUUACUCUUUUUAUUGGUGCCAGUUUGGUGUUUUUAGCAGUGGCAAACUUUGAAUUUGAUUCUUGUGACUUUUGGACUACAUACUGAAGCUGCAAUCCUGUGCACUAAGGAGUAAGACCACUGAACACACUGGGAAUUACUUUUGUCUAACGCACAACUGAUUCCAACUGUGUUUACUUGAAAGUAAAUUCUAUUGAAAUCAGCGGGUCUUACUUCCAGGUUAAGGUGGUUCAAGAGUUGUUUGGGGGCGGGAAUCAUCAAUUUAUAUCUGCCUAACUUCCAUCAUGGAAUUUUAGGCAAUGCAUAUGUGCCCUCCCAAGACUGGGCAGACCUAGAGUUGCUUAAUUACAGCAAAGUGGUGGCUUCAGUGAAAAUAAACCUUACGGUUUGCUGUUGCUUGUUUUAAUUCUCAUAUUGGAAAGAAUGUAACUUUUGAUAUUCACUGUAUUUACUGGGCAUCAUCAUUAAUCACUAGAGAUAGAUUUUGGUCAAACCACAGUACUUUGCUUUGAAAACCGCUCUAAAGAAUGCAGUUACAGGAUGUAUCUGAUAAUACUGUAUGGGUAAGACAUAUAAAUAGAGUUGUUGUGCCUUGACAGUUGUUUAAGAAGAUGCCUGUGGUGCAUAAAAUUUCCAUUUUCCUUGAAAUUGUAUGUGCAUCUUAGCAGAAAUUCAAAAUGCAUUCUGUGCAUUGCCUAGUAUAGGGCAUGUUGUUGGCUUAAGUGACUUUGCACGUACUAAAAAUCAGAUUCAUUCUAGGGUAUAACCAGUGCUUUUUUCUUAAAGAAAUGUUUAGGGGUACUCUCAUUAUCCUACUCAUAUUGAAAUACUGCCCCUCAAUGAGGCCAAACUUAGAUUCACAAAAUAUUUAGGGGUAUGCGUCCCCCUGCGUCCCCCCAGGGGAAAAAAGCACUGGGUAUAAUAUGUAGGACACGGAAAGAAUCUGUUCUCACGUAUACAAAUGUUACACAAUUAUAAUUCUAUGGGUUUUCAGUGCGUAAUUAGGAACAUUCUGGUUUACAAAUAGCUCUUAAUUGUAGAUUAGAUUUAAAGAGACAAAUUGUGCAAGUCUGGAACUUUUCUUUGAAACAAAAUGGGUUAUAUACAAAGACUGUUGUUCUCUCUCUCUCUCUCUCUCUCUCUCUCUCUCUCUCUCUCUCUCUCUCUCUCUCUCUCUCUCUCUCUCUCUCUCUCUCUCUCUUCUUUUCCAAAGUUGGCAGACUUUAUAGCUCUGACCAGAGGCCAAAAGGAAGAUAAAUGACACCAAACCCUCUUGUAGUUUUGCAAUGUUUUAAACCCUGGGGUUUAGCUGAAGGGACUUAAGGAGUUUUUGAAGUGCAAAUAGGUUGGUGAAGGGAAAGCCCUUUCAGUGUUUCAUUUUGAUGGAUUUUUUUCCUGGGUGGAUUUUUUUUUUUUUUUUGGCACUGACUGUGAUCUGGAAAGCUACAGGGUGUUUUUAUUUUGUUUUUGAUCAAUCAUGCAAUAAGAACUUGCCAUGGGGUGUACUUUUUCUGCAUUCAUAUUGAUCCUAUUGUGUUUAAAAGUAGUUAAUUUAAUGGGCUGUUGUUGGGUUUUUUUAAAAAAAACAAAAACCAAAAAACCACCAAAUAAGACAUCGGUUAAUGGAAGUUGUCGUUUCAAGGUCAUGUUCCAGUUCUGGCAACUUCAUUUUUGAAUAAAAGGUUCCUGUAGAGUGUAGAAGAAAGAAAUGAGUUUGGAUUAGCCUGCUGAUUGUGCCUUCUUUGGCUGUAGGGAUAAUUAAUCAAUACCCAUGUUUUAAAGUAAUAAUUUGAAUGUAUGUUGAGAGGCUGUUGCAAAUGCAAUAAAAUGCUAUGAACACCAUAAAUAGGAUGAUGCAAUAGGCACCAAAGAAAUGGGAGACUUUAAUCAGGACAAAACUAACUUUAAGCCGAGUUGUUUGUUAGAAUAGCAUAGUAAAAUAUUACGCCAUUGUUGACCUUAUAACAAAAUAGAUACUAACAUCUUUUUUAAAAAAAAGAUACCCAUGUUAAUUGCAGCCUUCUGUGAUAUUGAGGAAAAGGCACUUGUGGAUAGAGUACAAAAUCCAUCAAUAUUUAAGUACAAAAUCCAUCAACAUUUUAGUACAAAUAUAUCCAUACACACGUGCAAAAAUCUGCAUAUUUUGACUAAUAUGCAUUUUUAAAAAGUGAUAAGUUAAUGUAUGUUGCUUUCACUAACAUACGCAUUUGUAUGCACACUUCACCCUGGACGUUGCUUUUUGUACACAUUACAUGGCUGGAGAGCUGCAUUGCAAAGUUCAGAGAAAUGUGAAUUUCCAAGGCUGGCUGUUUUUCAGUUGGAAUAUUCUUUCAAACAGUGUGAAAUGUGUACUGAAUCAAAUUUCUUCUCCCCCUCCCCAAUAUUUUGAAUCACGGCCUGCAGAGAUAGUAGUGUAUGACUUAACUGGAAAGCAAUGAUAGUUUAUGAUGUAACUGCCAAUAAACUAAAAUGCAAAUAACAUAACUUAUGUUUUGAAGAAUUCUGUGCACACUAACAGGGCACAUAGGGGGAGCUACUUCCAUACAAAUGUGCAUAGGAUUAUGUUGUACAGUGUACGGUUUUAAAUAUUAAAACCACCAUAGCUGGUCAAAGUUUUUUUGGGGGGGGGGGUUUCGUUUCAGAACCUCUCCUGCUUCAAAGAGUGUCUAAUUUAAUAUCUGUUGCCUGGGAAAGUUAAUUUAAAGGCUUCUCAUUUACCUGGAGAAACAAAUUUAGCCUGGGUCUCUUGCUACUGAUACUGAGUGUUUACUAUGCCUCUGUUGUCAUUAAACAACCCUAAAGGUUUCUACCUAUGUUGGAUCAUGAUAAUACAUAAAAGGUGGACUUCUUAGACCAAGAAGUGCUAGUCUGCUGUGAUUACUUUCAGUAGGAAGCUGAACCAGUCUCUCUACUUACCCAUAUAAUUACCGGCAAACUUCAGCUUCAUCCUAAUCACAUCCACUAAGGGAAAAAUCUCAUUGAACCUCAUACUUCUGAGUAAACUUGCUCUGCAUGACAGUCUAAUCUGAACAUGUCCGUAACUGGCCAGUGACCACUUCGUUUCUACAAUUUUUAUGGAUUAAUCUAAAAUGUUUGGAUGUUUUCAUUCUGUCAACCAAAGGCUGCCUUGUUUAUUUUAAGUGAACAAGUUCUUCUACCUCUGCUUUUGAAGGAUGCCAUGAUAUCUCUGCGUGGGAAGCAGGCCUACAAAGGUCUAUAUAGCACAUAAUUGGACAUAAUUUGCUAAUCCCUCUGUUGGUGCAAAUAUAAGGGGACGACGACUAGUAUAUUGCUUGAAGCCUUGAUUGAAGCAGGGGGACCCCCAAACAUGUUCUUUUCCUGUCUUUCUUGGGAAUGUCUGUAGAAUCAUUCAUUUAUUUCAUAAAAGUUAUAUACCACUUGAUUGUAAAAACAAAACAAAACCUUCAAUGUACAGUAUUUUACAAAAAUAAUUUUAAAAAUCUGUUCAGAAAAUUAAAAACAGCAAUAAACUUAAAACAUCAGAAUUCUAGAUAACGGUGUAGGCUUGUCUAAACAAGAAUGUAUUUGGAACCAGGAUCUGAUGGCCCCUUCCUGAUAUCAAUAGGCAGGGAAUUGCAAAGUGCAGGUGCUCCCAGGGUAAAAGAUCAGUAUGGAAUAUGUCUUCCAUGUCUUCCUUUGCUUAUUUAGUCCUUACCUGGUUGGUCCAAUUCCUUAGUGUUGAGUGUUCAAUGUCUCCAUUAAUGUAGUUGUGUGUGUUAGCAUAUGUUACUGAUAUAUGCUUCCUUGGUUUUUUGGGGUUUUUUUUGCUGAUAUUAUUUUCUCUCUCUCUUGGAAAGUUUAAUAAAAAUUAAUUUAAAAAUUAAAGUGCUUCAUAAUACCCCCACUCCUACUUUACUUUGCAAUUGGCUUCAGUUGCAGAUGUUUUUGAUCCUCAAAACAUUUAUGAAUGUGUAAUUCCUGUUAUACUUGUUCUUUAUAAGGCUGGGAAUGGAAGAAAACUUUAAACUUAGUGGCUGCAUUGAGAUGUAAUAAAAAUUAGCAUCAAGUGUGCCUCAGAUUCAUGCAAGCCACCCUUCCCUCCUCAGGAUGCAAGGAGGAGACUGGAAGUUUCUGUUUCUCUUUUAGAUUAACCAGUUUAUCAGAUCAUCUGGACCCUAAACUAUGGUUAAUCUUAACUAUAGUUUGUUGAGACAAGACAGCUUCAUAACUAAUACUUUGAAGUUGGCUUACUUCAACACACUGCAUGUUGUUGAGCUCUGGAUGUCAUGAUAAACUAUGUGCAGCUAAUCUAUGCUGGGGGAAGGGAAAGCUUCCAAACUCCCUCAUAGGAGUGCUGGCAGGCAAGGAAGAGUAAACAAGCCUAUGGUUAGCUUUAUGUCUGAAGAAGGCCAAUAUUUGACCAUGUGUUUAGGGUCUUACUUUGUUUUCUGUUUGUAACUCAUUAGGGACUAAUGCAUAUGGUGCUAAAUGGUAUGUUGGAAUCAUACAAAUGUAUAAUUCAUUAAAAAUGUUGGACCAAUUGAUCCAUUCCUUUCAACAAUACUGUUUCCCCCUUGUUUCCACAUCAUAAUCAGUAUUGAUUUUUCCCCUUUGUUUUGAGGAGUAAGUAACCCUGUUAUCUAGCAAAGGUUGUUCUGCAUUUAUAAUUUGAUUGGGAGGAAAUAAAAUUUGCCCUUUCCCUAGAAAGAAAUGGACUUUCAGUCCAUAGUUUUCUCUUACUAGAGAGGAAUGACUGUUUUCAUAUGUGGCGUCUCAUUAGUUUGUUGCUGGGAGAUCUUAAUAUGACCUUCCUUUGUUAGAGAAGUGAUUUAUAGCUAUUCACAGCAUCCUUUUCUUUCUUUUAUCUUUCUUUUUUACAUCCCAAGCUACACAUUGUGUAAUGACUAAUUGCACUUAUGAGUAAAUGUUUAAAGACUAGAGUGAAUGUACAUGGUAUGAUUAUAUUCUGGGUCUGCUGUUGUCCCUUUAAUUUCAAACAAACAAACAAACAAAUCUGUACUAAAAUGUAUAAAAGAACAAAAUCCCUUCAAAGUCAGCUGAACCAUACUGCAAAUGUAUUUAACAGUUCUAGCUCUUAAAUAAAAAUAAAUUUUAUUUUAAAGGUUUUUUUACUAUUAAUCUCCAUACUUUGUGUGUGUGUUAGUAAAUACACACCAUUCUGCAUUACCUCUUGCAUUGAAACAAAGUGAUUACCUGAAAAUGUGCAUUUGGGUUCCUACCGGUAUUGAGGUUGUCCUCUGUUUUAAAGUGCAAUUCACAGAGGGGAUGAAUUGCAAGGAUCUCAGCCUUUAGCUUAUAAACUACACUGCAAAGUUUGAAAGUGUCAUUCAAAUAAUUGCUAAAUUGUUUUCUCUGUAACUGCUUUUCUUGUUUUACUCUGAGAGGUUUACGAUGUGGCAACCAUCAGAAGAACGCAGUGUUAAGGUUGCUGUUGUAUUUCUCCCUUGAGUUCCUAGAGGUGAUGUUAUCUUUUGUUCAUGCAGCAGUAUGGUCAUUUCUAAGAGCAUCUGUCACUUGAGGAUGUAUACCGGUAAGAUGGAUGAGUCUCAAGUGGACUGCUAGUUGAAGCAAAUGGUGAAAAUAAGAAAAGACAAAGGGGCUAGAGGCUUUCAGAGCAGGCAGACAACAAGGAAACCCAGUUAGGAAGGAAGGCAGUACCAAAAGAAAGCACCAAGAUGGAUCAUAUGUUGUCAUCAAGACUUUUUAGUAGGUGUAAGAAUCAGAGCUGGCUAUCAAAAUCAUGGUAAAAAAUAAUCUCAUCAACUUUUUUAUUUGUAUUUUGCCUUCAGCAGGAGAGUCAGAACUCUGAUUGUCUCUCUGUAUAGGAAAAUUGCCUUUUUAUUCUGUACUGAUACAGCAUGGUUUUUUUUUAAUGUUGUGUUUUGUGCAUGUGGGAUGUGCAUUAGGCCAUAUUCUUCAAGCCCUUUCCAAAAGAAAGAAAGAGCCCAGACAGCUCUACUUCGUGGUUCAAAGUGUUGUUGGCUGAUUUUCUUCCUUCCUCAUGAAAAAAGCAAUCGGGUUUUGUUAGUUGCUUAGUUUAAUAGGAGGUUUUGCCUGAUUAUAUCAUUAGCACUCCUGCUUUCAGAAGAAAGAGAGCAUUUAAAUUGUAAACAUUUGGAAUUGCUCCCUGUUGUUUCGAUUCAAAAGCUAGCUCCGUGAUUUCUUGGUGAAGCUUAAUUGUGUUUGAUAUGUUUUACGGGAUGAAAAUGAUGUUUAUUUUUUUAAAGCUGCUGAUGCUGAAGCUGUCUAGUAAGAGCAAACUUAUACAUAUGAGAGUGCUCUUCUACUUUUGAUAAGCUUUCAGAGGUGUCAAAACUGUUGGCUUGAAUAAAUGACUCUGUCAAAUUGCUUGCUGUGUUGUGGGGUGGGGGAAGCAGGGGUAGAAAAGGCAAAGAAAUUAAGAUGAUUAGAAGCUUUAAAGCUUCACAAAUGGUAGAGUAGCUCCCUUCUCAAUGGAUGUAAAUAAUAGAUGAAAGACUGAGAAUGACAACAAAGGAUCAGGGUGCUUAAGAGAAUGUGUGCAGCUUGAAUAGAGGUCUGUGGCCCAGGGCCAAAGGUCUUAGCUUUGAGUGUAAUUAGAAGAAAAUACAAAGAUGUCAUUACUAGCAGGUGAAAUGUUCAGCACGUGGCCCCCAAAAUAGUGAUUUCUGCCCUGAAGGAACCGUAUUGUGGACUUCAAAAAUAGUAAAUAAUAAUAAGUAAAGUCUUUGCAGGGUUCUGCAGUUUGGUCAGAAACCAUGUAGCUUGACUUUGAUAUCCGUCUCGCGUUUGCAGUAGUUUUAAAAAGUUGGCAGUGUGGAAAGUUGGAAAGACAAAGAGAGAUUGAGAGAGGGAGAGAGAGCGCUGCAAAUGGGGCAAAUAAAGAGUUUAGUGUCACUGACUUGAUCCCAGGCUCUUUUGUGUGAUAGUGGCAGACCUGUCUUCUACUCUACUGGGAAGCUAGAGUCUUAAAUUAUUCUUAGCACCAUACUUUUUGGGAAGCUGUGGAAAGUGGUCAAAGUCUCUGUUUUUGCGUGCUGAGGCACCAAGAGGACCCCCCAAUAACUCACACUGACACCAUAAUUUUUGGGAAGCUGUGGAAAGCGGUCGAAGUCUCUGUUUUUACAGUAUUCUGCUUCCAGUUCCUCAACACUCUACUAUUGGCAUGAUUUUUAAAUUUUGUGCUGCUUGAAAAUUUUGUGCUGUUCUGAUUAUAGGACGCAGACCACCCACAAAUAAUAAUUAUAGAAAACCUACCCAAUAAGAUAUAGAUUAAUGGAACUGUAACUCAAGGUCAUGUUCCAUUGCCAGCAACUACUUUGAAAGACAAAAGGAAAUGUGUUUGGACUCCCGGAGACAGCUGUACAUUGCUCGAUUAGAUAAUAGUGUUUGUGGGAGGGUGUUACUGGUUGGUGUUUGUUUUAUUAUGUAUUUUGUAUUCUCAUUUUGUAUUUUUAUGUUCUGAACCACCCUGUGAUCUUUGGAUGAAGGGCAGUAUACAUUUUUUUAACAACAACAACAUAAUGUUCCCAAUAUGCCAUGCUUCAUGGAAGGGAGGGGAAAACUAUAUAACCACGUGGUGAUGGUGACUUUAAAAAAAUGGAUUGUUUAGUGGCUUGAACCCUGUAGUCUGGGCACACUUUUAAGUUGGCUUUUCCCACACUUCUGCAACCACUCAGAAAUCUUGGCAAAGUGUAGCUGAUUUCUACAGACAAUUGUUUCUCCAUGUGGUUAAAACCAUCCACACAGGGAGUUUUUAUGUUACCACAUGAUAGAUGGUUAUGUGAUAUCGCACUCCCAAGGAUUUAAUCAGAAUCAUUUUAAUGCAAGUAUGCUUAGGCUUGUGUCACCAGUUCAUGAAUGCAGAUUAGCGAUGGACUUCUAUUUAUUUUCUUUUAUUACUGAGUUUUCAUCCAACCUUCUCUCCAAGAAGCACAAGGAGUAGCAUGGACUCACCUCCUUUCCAUUUCAUUCUCAAUAACACUGUGGGGUUGAUUAGACAGAGAAAGGGUGACUGGUUGAAGGUUACCCAAUGAGCUUCAUAGCUGAGUGGGGAUUUGAACUCUGGUCUCCCAGGUCCUGACACUUUAACCCCUACACCACACUGGCUUUUCCAAAGCAAGUUUCACUCUGUGGCACACUUCUUAGAACUUGUCAUUGGUAUUCAGCAUUUGAUUUCUAGGUUCUAGUAUUCUCUCUUAAAUGAAAAGCUUCUCUUACACAGAGUUUCUACUCAUGGCAUGUGAAAACAAUACAACAGUGGCAUCAGUACUGGUAUGACAGCUGUAUACAGGUCUUGAAUGUUGUGUUUUUUGACAUUGUUUAAAUUAGUGGUUACCUUUUUAUCAUAAAUAACAAUAUUCUUUCUGUAAAACUAUGGGAGAAAUUUGAUGUCACACUAAUUUAAGGUCACUUAGCAGUAUACUAGUUGCCCUAGAGAAGCCUCAGGAAGCCUCUGUGGUUCUUGUUCUGGUUCCAUAACAGAUUGUUGCUGUAAUUCCAGUCCUUUAUGUUGCUCAAUAAGCUUCUGGUACUACAACUGUGGUGCUGUAUUUCAUAUUGUGCAACCUUAAUUUUUGUCCUUAUGCUAGCGCAACAGCACUUGCACUGGUGGACAGAGGGUGCCGAAUCUGGGCCUGUGCUCCCAAAAUCCGGAUCUUUAAAACUCGCCAAUCUGGAUCAAGUGGCAGAAUAAAUUUGAACAAUCGUACAUCAUGAAUGCAUUUAGAAAAGGUUGAAAGGAAUACAAAAAAGAACAUGGGGAAUUCGUAUGCAGGGCAACUGAAAUCUGCCCGUUUUGAAGAAGCCCUGCACAACUCGAUAGAGGCCUCUCUAAGAUGCAAUAGUGUGGUUCCUCGCCCCAUCUUCUCCCAGCUGUAUCUUGACCCUGACCAGCCUCCUAUUUUGCCGAAAGGUAACCAAGCAAACGUUAAACCAAAAGUGGAAGAGCUGGACAAAGAAUUGAUGCAACGUUACACCCAGAAUGGAAUUUUGGAUUUUUCUACUAGCCAAACAAUUAAUGAAAUGGAAGAAGAUGAGGAGGAUGAAGACAUGUCUGAUUCCAAUAGUCCACCAAUCCCAUAUGCACAAAAACCUGCCCCAGAAGGGUCUUGCACUACUGAUGGUUUUUGUCAAGCAGGCAAAGAUUUGAGGUUAGUUUCACUGUGUAUGGAACAGAUCGAUAUCCCAGCAGGAUUCCUGUUAGUAGGAGCCAAGUCUCCAAACCUUCCCGAGCACAUUCUAGUCUGUGCUGUUGACAAGAGGUUUUUGCCAGAUGACCAUGGAAAAAAUGCACUUUUAGGUUUUUCUGGGAACUGUAUAGGCUGUGGAGAAAGAGGAUUUCGAUAUUUCACUGAAUUUUCCAACCACAUUAACUUGAAGCUCACCACUCAGCCAAAGAAGCAGAAGCACUUAAAGUACUACCUAGUAAGGAGCUCCCAAGGUGUGCUGUCAAAGGGACCUUUAAUAUGCUGGAAAGCUACUUCACUUGCAGAAUGUAGAAGCAGGCCAUCUUCUUCUGAUAGCCAUUCUGCUAAACCUAGUUCUUCAGCGUCUCCAUCUGUGACCCCUGAGAGUGGAACAGCUAAUGGAUACAAGCCAGGGUUCACUCAGACAGACUCCUCAUUGUUCAGUCCAGCACAAUCUUCCUCUGCUAAUUUAAGUGGAAUUCAAGAUUUGUCUCGGAAUAAGAAUAUAGUGAAACCACUUGCUUUGCCGGUACAACUUGUAGGAAACACAUUUGCAACAGCUCCCCUGUCUCUGCGUGCCACUGAUGUUGCUAGUGGAAACAACCAUGGAGGAAGGACUAAUGUGAUAAGCUCUACAGUCUCCCGACCUGUGUCUCACUCGAUGUCUCCUGGCCCUAGCAAUGCAGCUGGGGAGCCAGCAUCCAUGUCCAGUUCUGGGCCCCCCAAGAAACGACACCGGGGAUGGUCCCCUGGAUCACCAGUUGCUCCACCUCCUCCUCCGCCUCCUCCUCCUCCUCCUCCUCCUGGCUUAGUUGUGCCUGUUCCUGCCAUUCGACCUCUUCCAAGAUCAGAGCCUCUUUUGUCAGUCCCAGUUCCUCAAUCAAUGUUAACUGGAAUUUUACAGCCUCAGCCCAUCCCUGCAGGGGAGACUGUAAUAGUUCCUGAAAAUCUGCUGAAUAACUCAGGAGUCAGGCCAGUAAUACUGAUAGGUUAUGGCACUUUACCUUAUUUCUAUGGGAAUGUUGGAGAUAUUGUAGUAAGCCCCUUGCUAGUGAAUUGCUACAAGAUGCCUCAGCUGGAAAGCAAAGAUUUGGAACUUUUUGGUUUGACUGGGAGUCAGUUACUAAGUGUGGAAAACAUGAUUAUUUUAACAAUACAGUAUCUUGUCCGACUAGGUCCUGAUAAAAUACCACUCAGGGAAGAAUUUGAACAGAUUGUGCUGAAAGCUAUGCAAGAGUUUACUGUGAGAGAGCAGUCCCAACAAACGAGUGCUCAGGGCAUCUUGUUGCCAGCUCAACUCCCAUGGCUUGCCAGGCUAAUUGCCAGUGUCUCCCAGGAAAUGGUGCAUGUGGUGGUUACUCAGAAUUCCCUGGCCGAAGGCAUUUCAGAAACACUGCGAUCACUCAGUGAAAUGAAGCACCACCAAAGGCUGCCAGAUUACGUUGUUGCCAUCUGCGCGUCAAAGACCAGAGGGAACGAAUUCUGUGUGGUAGUUUUAGGUCAGUAUCAGUCUAGAGCUCUAGCAGAGAGUAUGCUUACUACCAGUGAGUUUCUAAAGGAAAUCAGUUAUGAGCUCAUUACGGGAAAAGUUAGUUAUCUGGCAUCACAUUUCAAAAACACAUCUUUAGAAAGUUCUUUACUAGGCGAUGAACUGGACAAGUUGUUAGAGACAAUGCAACAGAGACGAGGAGAUAACGUCGUAAUCCCAUUCAAUGGGGAUGUCAAUGAAUGUGUGUCAUCUCAAGAAGCAGCUGCCAUGGUUUCCACCCAAGAAUUAGAUUUGGACACUGAAACAUUCCAAAUUUAUCAACCACAACUCACAAUUGCCAGAAAGCUCUUGUCACAGGUAUGCGCCAUUGCAGACAGUGGCAACCAAAGCCUGGAUCUUGGUCACUUCAGCAAAGUAGAUUUCAUUGUUGUAGUCCCUCGUUCAGAGGUGCUGGUCCAACAAACCAUUCAACGGAUUCGACAAUCAGGUGUUCUUGUAGACUUGGGACUUGAAGAAACUGGAGCAGCUUACCAACGAGCUGAAAAAUACGUGGUGCGGCUAGACAAUGAUAUUCAAACCAAGUUUGAUGUUUUCAUGAGACGGGUAAAGCAGAAUCCGUAUACCCUUUUUGUGCUGGUGCAUGACAAUGCCCAUGUGGAUUUAACAAGUGCCAUCUCAAGUUCUCUAUCCCAUGGGGAGCCUAGUCAUGGACUGGCUGAUAGAAUGAUAAAUUGCAGAGAGGUACUUGAAGCUUUCAACCUCCUUGUCCUCCAAGUGAGUUCUUUCCCAUACGCUCUUCAAACUCUGCAGUCCAGAAUCAGCUCUGCCAAUGAAGUACACUGGAUACAGUUAGGCAACAUGCAGGAGGAACUGAGCCAAGAUGAGAAGCUGUAUUUUGGCUUGAAUGAAUACAGCAAAUCUCUGCAGUGGGGAAUCACAAGUCCUCUUCUGAGAUGUGAUGAAACCUUUGAAAAAAUGGUGAAUACACUGUUAGAGAGGUACCCCAGGCUGCACAGCAUGGUGAUUCGCUGCUAUCUGCUUAUUCAGCAGUAUUUGGAAGCCUUGAUGGCCCUCACCACCAUGGCCUCCCUCAGGGACCACAGCACACCUGAGACUCUCAGCAUAAUGGAUGACAUCAUCACUACACCCGGCAAGGAUAAGAAUGGCCGUGGCCACAUGCUAGUCAUCAGGAUUCCCUCUGUACAACUGGCAAUGCUGGCAAAAGAGAGGCUGCAAGAAGCUCGAGAUAAACUAGGCCUGCAGUAUCGGUUUGAGAUCAUCUUGGGGAAUCCAGCUUCAGAACUUAGUGUUGCCAAGCACUUUGUGAAGCGAUUAAAGGCCUGGAGAGGAAAUGAGCGGGAGGAUUGGCUUCCUCAUACUUACCAGGAUUUAGAAGGUCUGCCUUGUAUUGUUAUUUUAACUGGCAAGGAUCCACUAGGGGAAACGUUUCCCAGAUCCCUGAAAUAUUGUGAUCUUCGGCUGAUUGACUCAAGCUAUUUAACUCGCACUGCCUUAGAACAAGAAGUGGGCCUGGCAUGCUGCUAUGUUUCAAAGGAAGCAAUCCGAGGACCCAUUGUAGCUCUAGACCUUAGUGAAAAGGAGCAGGAAAAGGCCAGUGUCAGUGAGAAUGAUACGGAUGAGCUGCUGAUUGACUUGGAGAGACCUCAGAGUAACAGCAGUGCUGUGACUGGAACUUCAGGUUCUAUAGCAGAAAAUGGUGUGAGCUCCUCCAGUGCUACAGACAAGUCUCAAAAGCUACCGCCACCCCUGAACUUCCAGAAUGUGGCCCACAGUUCAGUUGAUGAAGGAUUUGCUGCUGGGGAGACCCUGAAACAAGAAUGUGACUCUCUCGGCAACCAGGUAGCAAGCAGCACCACUUCUAAACUGUCAGCAGCAUCCUCCUCCAUCAGCCAGUCAUUCCGGUGGCCGGGCCAGUCUGUGAAAGAAGGCAAGGCUUUGUGGGUGUCCUUACCCCGGACUGUGAUCUUAUCCAAAGCCGCCUACUGCCUUCUUGGUGCACAGAAGAGUGGGCAACAUCCUUUCUCCUCUUCUCUCUUGCCUCAUGCCGAUGUGUCUUGGGUGAGCUCUCUGAGGCCUUUGAUACACAAGGAUAUGUCCAGUGAAGAGCAGUCUUUGUACUACAGACAGUGGACUGCAGCUCGGCAGCACCAUGUGGACUACAAUAACCAUGGGGAAACCACCAGCGGCAGGAACUUUCACCCACGACGGCUGCUUCUAACGGGACCUCCGCAGGUUGGGAAAACUGGUUCUUACUUGCAGUUCCUACGAAUUCUCUUUCGCAUGCUGAUCAGGUUGCUGGAAGUGGAUGUGUAUGAUGAGGAAGAUAUUAAUACUAGUCAUACAGAGGACAAGGAAAUUGCCCAGCCUAGCAAUGAUCAGUGGCCUGAUGUUGAAAUAAUCAGCAAAAUGCCUUUUGACCUCAGUGUGCAUGAUCCUAAAUAUUUCCUCAUGAGUCUGGUAUAUACAAACCAGCUACAAAGAGUAAAACAAGAACCAAGCAAAGAAACCAAAGCUGAGGAACACAGAAAACGGGCUACUGUGUCUAUGAUGUUGACAAAGUAUGCAGCUUACAAUACUUUCCAUCACUGUGAACAGUGCCAUCAAUAUAUGGACAUAAACCCUUCAGUUCCGAUGUCUGACUCCACCCUACAUGCAUUUACAUUCUCAUCCUCAAUGUUAGGAGAAGAGAUCCAGCUUCAUUUUAUCAUUCCCAAAUCCAAAGAGAGCUAUUUUGUCUUCAGCAAGCAGGGCAAGCAUUUGGAAAGCAUGCGGCUUCCUCUUGUAUCUGAUAAGAACUUGAAUGCAGUAAAGAGUCCCAUUUUCACUCCUUCAAGUGGACGCCAUGAGCAUGGCCUCUUGAAUCUAUAUCAUGCUAUGGAAGGCAUCAGCCACCUCCAUCUGCUUGUGGUGAAGGAAUAUGAAAUGCCACUUUACCGCAAAUAUUGGCCCAACCACAUCAUGCUGGUUUUGCCAGGAAUGUUCAACAAUGCUGGAGUUGGUGCUGCCAGAUUCCUUAUUAAAGAGCUUUCUUACCAUAACUUGGAGCUGGAGAGAAAUCGCUUGGAGGAGCUAGGAGUCAAGCGUCAGUGUGUCUGGCCAUUCAUUGUGGUUAUGGAUGACUCCUGUGUCUUAUGGAACAGCCAUGUCACCCAAGAACAGUUCAGUCAGUCCAUGGAUCAAGGAUCGACGAGUAAAAAUGUGUCUCUGAAGAGCGUUCUACAGCACAUUGAAGCCACACCAAAAAUUGUCCAUUAUGCAAUACUGGGCAUUCAGAAAUGGAACAGCAAACUGAAUUUCAGAGCUCCCAAAGCUCCUUUCUCCAGAUGCCACAUACAUGACUUUAUACUACUCAACGUAGACCUGACCCAAAAUGUGCAAUAUGAUCUAAACAGGUAUUUCUGUGAAGAUGUAGAUUUUAAUCUGAGAACAAACAGUAGCGGCCUGCUUAUCUGUUGCUUUAACAACUUCAGUCUCAUGAAGAAACACAUCCAGGUUGGAGGUCAAAAGAACUUUGCCAUUAAGCCUAAAAUCAUGGUAUCUGAGAGCUUGACUCCAAUAAUGCCUCUUCAGUAUGUCUGUGCUCCAGACAGCGAGCACACACUCCUGGCAGCUCCAGCUCAGUUCCUCCUGGAGAAGUUUCUUCAACACGCCACAUACAAGCUUUUCCCAAAGGCCAUCCACAACUUCAGAAACCCUGUAUUAGCCAUUGACUGCUAUCUGAACAUUGGGCCUGAAGUAGCUCUUUGCUACGUCAGUUCACGGCCGCACUCUGUCAAUGUCAACUGUGAAGCGGUAUUUUUCAGUGGACUACUUCUAUAUCUUUGCGACUCCUUUGUAGGAGCAGAUUUUCUUAAGAGGUUCAAGUUCCUGAAAGGUGCAACCCUGUGUGUCAUUUGCCAAGACAGGAGCUCAUUGCGGCAAACAAUAGUCCGCCUAGAGCUGGAAGAUGAAUGGCAGUUUCGUCUGAGAGAUGAAUUUCAGACUGCUAAUAGUAGCGAUGAUAAGCCACUCUAUUUUCUGACUGGGCGCCAUAUAUAAGUUUGAGAGGAAACACAUGGCAAAGGAAAAGAACAGAACCUGACAAGUCGGAUUGUGUCUUUUCCCCCUUUCUUUGAAAGUACAAUCACUGUGGAGCAAAGUGCAACCAAUAUUUAUGUUCACUACUCUUAAGGAUCCCCCAAAUUUCUAACCCAGACUUUAUUUUUUAUGACUGAAAAGUGAAUUGAUUCAAGGCGAUUCCUCAUGGGUCACUGUUACAUAAUGGCAUACCCAUUAUGACCCAUGAUGUGGAGAAUAACAUUUUUGUGGAUGGCAAGUUCUCCUGUUCACUUUAUACUAUGCUAAAAGAGGAGAAUUAAACAGACUUUUGGCAUCUAUCAGCUUGAAUGUGUUACAUGAGGUUCACAGUAAGAACGUGGAAUUAUUUGAAGAUAAUAUGCUGAGGAAUGAUGUCCAUUUCUCUUCAUAUCUGUACUUUUGGUACGGUAUAACUCAGGGGUUUGAAAAGACAAAAAGUAACCUAGAAUUGUGUGUUUGAAAGAUUAUUUUUGUUCACUUUCUGUGCAGUGUUAGCUUAAGGUUUGUGAUUUUAUAUGUAUUGAAACUUUUGGCAAAAUUUCCACAAAAGUUAAAGUUUACUACAUAAGCCUGAACAAAUCGAUGAAUGUAAGGCAGGCAUUGUAUGCACACGCUGGUUUGUCAGAACAGCUGUUAUUUUCACCUUUUGGGGUAUCCAUUAUUGGUCUGAAUGGAAAGAUCUUCAACUCAGUAGGUGAUCAGCCUUUCCUCUCUGGUAGCAUGCCAAGCCACGUGCAGGAACCUAUUUUUGCACAUGGAUCAAUCUUGACAACCAGCCUGCUUAUGCAUAUUGUCUCAUCAGUGUGCUUAAACUCCACCAAAAUGAUGUAAGCCUCAGUACUAUCAGAAAUCAUUU